AUGUUAUAUGAAGCUGAUUCAUCGUCGAAAGAAUUUCUCGAGAAGCACUCAGGUUAUCUGGCACAAUUGAAGGAAGAUCACCACAAGAUGGCUUCAUGCUUCUCAAUACCGGAUGAUAAUGAGAAUGCCGAGGACCCAAGUGAAGAGGCAUCACCGAUCCUGCAUAACUGGGAUGGUCUUGUCCAGCCGCUACCUAAUCAGGUAGAUGCCAAAUUACAAACCCUGAUGUACAAGCUUCUCGAUCAGCUUGACUCAGGUAACUGGAAUCACACUUUCAACGAGACCGAUCGCAACUGUCGUCCCAGCGAUGCGGUAGUUCGCACCUACAUCAACCAUAUGAGAAAUGGCCUUGAAGCUCUCCUAGAACUCAGCCCAAUCGUGCGGAAGCAGAGUUGGUCGGAUGCUGUGGCAUACGCCCGUGCGGUAAUACAAGAGCCUCAAGACACUGUGCAACGUUCAAAAGCCACGUGGGCUAGAUCAUGCUCAAUCAUUCAUCGGGAACUGAAGAAAAGAUUUGGGCAAGAAGUGAAAUCAAUGGCUGCUCAGGGGUGUACACAGCUAGUAUCUGACCAUUACCUUGGUAAUAGACUCAGUGUGUCACACGUGGAUAAAGAGGCGAGCUUUCGCCAGCAACUCCUCAGGUUAAAGCCGAGCCUCGCAUACUAUCCUGAUAGCAGCCCCUUGGCGGUAGGAACCUACGAAAGUGCCUUUCUUUCCUGCUCUCUGGUGGCAUCGGCUUGGCUCCCUCUUGAGGAAGCCUUGAAAUACGCAGCCAUAUGCCAUUUAUCGGUAUGUGAUGACUAUUGGAACUUUACCGGCACAGAAACCGAAGUUCGGGUCCGAUUGGUCGCCCAGUCAAUUGGUGCUGCUUUCGACUUUGGUGACAGAGCAAUCAAUGUUCUUAUUGAUGGCACUGCAUUACAAGCCGUUGGGUUGAGCAACGAGGUGUCUUUGCAAUCUGCUAUGGCUUGGAGGGCGGCAAGUGGCGGAGCUACGGCAUACAAUGGACAUACACUUGGGAAUGAAACUCUCGAAGAUGGCCUUGUUGCACCUCAGGUCAUUCUUGCCAUUCACGAUCUGUUCGACUGGAGGACCGACAUUGCAGCUGGAAACUCUGAGAAUGGCUUCUUCGUUGCAUAUGGGCUUGGGACUACCGAUCCAUUUCACGCAUAUCUGGAGGCGGCGUUGCUCCUCGCGUGUUCACACCCGAGAUCUGGCGUCUACGCAAUUGCCUCCAUCACAAUAGCCGCUUUUAUUUCUUGUCGAUAUUCGUCAUAUAAAUACUUGGCUGUGGAUAUGGAGCUUCCAGAGCCGUGUCCUAGAUGUGUUGAACUUCUUCAAGCACUGACGGAAAAGGCAGGCUUUGGUUGGGCGCCGAAGUCGCCCCCAAAGAGUUUUGAAGAGGGGGAGCAAGUCCGCCGACUGUGCCAGCGUUGGGCUGAUCGAUACGAAGAUGACGGUUUGGUUCAAGAGGGACUUGGUUGGUUCCAGAGCCUCGUGGCUACGGGUACAAUACGGAUGUUUGAUGCACUUGUCAAGAUUCCUGAGAUUGACAAGGCUGCUGGUUGGGUCUAG